AAAUUGGCGGGAAACUCGACUCACAGCAUCAGUUGACAUUCAACCAUUCCAGUGUUACCAGCAAGAAAUACAUCAACCUACAAGAUGUCCGGAGCCAUGCUGCGUUUCACCAUUGGCGUCGUCUGCGUGGUCGUGGUGCUCCUGUCUCUCGCAGGAGUCAGCGAAGCCAACUACAAGAACGCGCCCAUGAACGGUAUCAUGUUUGGCAAGAGGGGUCCUACUGAAUAUGAUCAACGCGGCAAGACCUUCACUGCUCUCUGCGAGAUCGCCACAGAAGCUUGCCAGGCAUGGUUCCCAUCUCAAGAAAACAAGUGAAUUCAUUAAUUAACUACAACAAACAUAAUAACGACAAUAGCUCGACAUUCGGACUGUGGUAGAAAAUAUUAAUUUGUAGGUAUUUUUUACUAAGCAUUGCAACACUGAUGCUUCCGCUCAUUUUGAAAAAUAAUCUAAAUAA